AAGAAAGACAAAAGGCCCUCCCUCUGUCGGUGUACUCUACAGCGUGUCUGCUGUCUGAAGACCAACACAUGUAGCUAACGUUAUAUCUCUGAACUUCAAUUGAAUCACUUAUUACUGCUGUCAAGUGUUUCCGAGUCUUCGCCACACUCAAGAUGGCGACGUCUUCCGCCUCCUGAGUUCCUACGUAAGGCGUCAUCGUUAACGCGUCAGUCGUGCGUAAGGUAGUGUUGACAGCAGCGGUAGGAGUUGUCAGCGGAGCCGCAGCAGCAUCACCGGAGCCGAAUGGAGUAAUCACAAAGAUAUUAUUCCAGGCAGCGUCUCUGUUGUUACUCAGAAGCAUUGUUUACGCCCUUCAAACAGCGACACCAUGGCCGACGACCAGUCCUCUCAGUCCUGGUCCAUCGACCGGGAUGACUACGAACUCAACGAGGUGAUAGGGAGCGGAGCCACUGCAGUUGUCCAGGCAGCGUACUGCAAGCCGAGGAAGGAGAAGGUGGCCAUCAAACGCAUCAACCUGGAGAAGUGUCAAACAAGCAUGGACGAGCUCCUGAAAGAGAUCCAGGCAAUGAGCCAGUGCCACCACCCGAACAUUGUGUCUUAUUAUACCUCCUUUGUGGUGAAGGAUGAGCUGUGGCUGGUGAUGAAGCUGCUCAGUGGUGGCUCAGUGUUGGACAUCAUCAAGCAUAUCAUCUCUCGUGGCGAGCACAAGAGCGGAGUGUUGGACGAGGCCAGCAUCGCCAGCAUCCUGAAAGAGGUCUUGGAGGGGCUGGAGUACCUUCACAAAAACGGGCAGAUUCAUCGGGAUCUAAAAGCUGGAAAUAUUCUUCUCGGGGACGAUGGCUCGGUGCAAAUUGCUGACUUUGGUGUGAGUGCCUUUCUCGCAGCGGGAGGAGACAUGACGAGGAACAAGGUUCGGAAGACAUUUGUGGGCACCCCAUGCUGGAUGGCGCCUGAGGUCAUGGAGCAGGUCCGCGGCUAUGAUUUCAAAGCUGACAUCUGGAGCUUCGGGAUAACAGCCAUUGAACUGGCAACUGGUGCUGCACCGUAUCACAAAUACCCUCCGAUGAAGGUGCUGAUGCUGACUUUGCAGAACGACCCUCCCUGUCUGGAGACGGGCAUCACAGAUAAGGAGAUGGUGAAGAAGUAUGGCAAGUCCUUCAGGAAGAUGCUCUCUCUGUGUUUACAGAAAGAUCCAGAAAAAAGGCCAACGGCAGCAGAGUUGCUGAAGCAUAAAUUCUUCACAAAAGCCAAAAACAAUGAGUACUUGCAGGAGAGGCUUCUACACAAAGGUCCAACAAUAGUGGAGCGAUCCAAAAAGGUACGUCGGGUGCCCGGCUCGAGUGGCCGUCUCCACAAGACGGAGGACGGCGGUUGGGAGUGGAGCGACGACGAGCUGGACGAGGAGAGCGAGGAGGGCAUAGCUGCUGUGGCAGCUCUGCGGUCCCCCAGAGUGAAGGACGGGUCCGACAAUAUGGAGCUUUUCCCACCAGCUGAUGGCGCCACCCAGCAUCUGAAGCCGCCUGGUGCUGCAAACGAGAGCCCUGCGAAUGUGGUCCAGUCAGUGGAAGAUGCUGCACCACAGGCGCCCACUCAAACAGCAAGCCCUUCACAUGCACCCACUGCUCAGGAUCCAGCUGCAGCCAAUGCCAGCGUCCCCAUCAGCCUCGUCCUGAGACUGAGGAAUCCCAAGAAGGAACUCAAUGACAUCCGAUUUGAGUUCAUGUCCGGCAGAGAUUCUGCUGACGGAGUCUCUCAGGAGUUGGUCUCGGCUGGUCUGGUUGAUGGGAGGGACUUAGUCAUUGUCGCUGCCAAUUUGCAAAAGAUUGUUGAUGAUCCUCAUGGUAACAAAAAUGUGACUUUUAAAUUGGCGUCCAGCGUGGAGGAGUCUGAAAUUCCUGAUGAUAUUAAACUCAUUGGAUUUGCGCAGCUCAGCAUCAGUUAAGCCACCAACAGAGGAUAGGAACUUACGGUAUCGCACAGCUGCAUUGUAGUCAAUUCCAGAAACCACUACUGCCAAAGAGAAGAGGAGGAAGAUGACGACGAGGAGGAGGACACAGGAAGCUGGCAGGAGUGUGACACUACUGCAGGAUGCAUGAGGACCACAUUGAGAAGAGGCUCAGUUCAUAACAGGAAUCACACUUGAAACGUUUACAGUGCGCUUAUACAGUAAAUGAGGAGAGAUGCAAUCAACUAUAUCAACUCCUUAUAGCUUUCUUUCUCCCCCCAUAGCCCCCCACUUCAUACAUAAGCACAAUCCAAACCAUCUCCUGCCAGUACUGGAAGUGAUUGCCUUUUUGUUUUUCUUAUUUUAUUUUUCUUAAAUCAACUGUGCCACAAAACUCACUAGAGUGUCGUGCUUACUUUAUAUGGCACUUUAUGCUACACUGAAAUUGAAAAGUGUAAAUUCAGCCUUAGUUAGUCGAACUAUAGAUAUUACAAGUGUGUUUGGUGAAAAAUUGAGUCUAUCUGUGGUUAUUGGGUGUAUUGUAUGUACGCCUAUCCGAGAAAUCUCAGAAAAUCUCCUGUAACAGUGAUACAAAUAACUUAGUGGAACACAGUGUAGCAUAGUUUUAGUUUUGUAAUCCUGUAAAUUCAGAUGGAUUUUUACAUAGAAUAUAAGAAAAUCACCAGAUUCCUGUAUAGGGCAGCCCAAGGUGUGCUGCUUUUGUCAAAACAUGGCCAAAGAGUUUAGGCUCUGACUGCAGAAACCAUUAAAAUGUACACAAGUCAACCGUAACUGCAGCAACAACUCUGUCAGAUGGCGUUUUCCCGAGGUAUUCAAAGACAGGAUUGUUUUUCACAGCCUAAUAUUCUUGUACUAUGCAAUAGGUGUUUUUCUUUUCACCGUGUGUGACCACUGGUUGCUCAUAACAGUUCUCUUGGGUUGAAUAAAUCCCACUUUUUGUGCUUGUGCCUCACUAGGAGCUCAUUGAAGUCAACCAGGCAGAUUUAGGAACCUGCAGUGGGAUUUUACUUUAGUUUUCUUUCAGAAACAAAUUGAACAUUUAGCCCAGCAACGGACAGACGUGUGUCCCCCGCGGAGAGAAGCGGCGUAAAUAGCCUGUUACCCAUUACGGACAUUACCGGUCAGGACUAAUCCUGAAUGCUGGCAAUGAGUGUCGAGCCUGGAGUGGCUGGUGUUACAGGCUGACUGACAGGUCAAGUAGUGCAUGUAAACAAACUGAAAAUAUUCAACCAAAGUGAAAUAAAGUUUAAAGGGGCAGUUCACCCAAAUUGCAAAAUAAGAAAGAAACUUGCCUCAAGUGGUAUUUAGCGGCUAGUUUGGUCUUAUUUGGCUACAAUCCAAUACAAAUGAGGCAAAUGGAAUUUGUGUGGCCAGGUCGGCAUAACUUUGUUUAAUUUAUCUCUGGUUCACCGGCCGGUCAACCCAAUGCAUGCGAAACUAAUACCGUUUGUCAGCCUCCGCUGUACUCUGUGUUUAGUGCUAAUUAGCCAAUAUGCUCAACAACGAUUUUGGCCUUGACGAAGCCAGCCCGCUCCACAUAGGCGCGUUGGCGUUGCCCGUUGUGAACGUGCUGGCGAGCUGAGAGUCGCCGUUAGUUGAAAGCACUGCGGUGCCGGAGUACAGCCGGAGACUCUUGGUUCGAUUCCUUGAGCCCAACAAACAAAAGAUCCAUUUACCGGCAUUGUAUCGAGGGGACGGCAGGAAGCUUGAGAUGGAUCUCUUUAAAAACCUCCAACACAUAAAACCUCAACAAAUAAAACCCCAAACUAUCUGCACGUCCAGAUACCACGCCAGGGCCAUUUUUCCUACAUUGGCUGAAGUAACCAUCUAAACGUCUCCAGAGGCUAGUUUAUUACCUUUUUAGUUAUCAUGUAGACACAUUGUUCUGACAGUACUGUCGUCUCUUUGCUUUAUAAACAACUCCCUGUCGUCACUCCCCGUGUAGCCGCUUGGUUGUUUUGUACCACGUGCAAAGGGCCGCCAAAUGGCUCCCUGGGUCCGGUACUGAUGUAAAUGGUGUAUGUAAAGAUGUUGUAAAUGUACGUAUGAUGGCAACUCCAUGCACUGUCGAACACAAACAUCCUGAGGUGUGUCCGUAACGAUGUAGAUGCAUUAUAUGUCAGACAGAAAGAUCGUUUCACUUGUAAAUAUGGAUCGAGGCAGGUUGAGACUCAGUACACAGAGUUUAAUUUGUUUUGGUAGUGUUUGCCACAGUUGGCCUUUAUCAGAGCAUCACUAAUCAUGCACACAUUUCUUUGUUCAAUUAGCACCUUAUCGAUAUGUUAACGUGAGUAUUUUUCUGAAUUACAUUGGGCUUUGAAAUCAUACACUCUGUGAUGUCAUGAUAUGGAGUUUUCUCACUGAAUCCUGUCCAAGGCUAACGGAUCAAAAGUCAUUUUAAUAAGACGGGCGACGAAGGUCACACUUCUCUCUCCCCGUGUGUGCGUAUGUGUGUGUGCAUGUUUGAUUUUGGUGAUAACAUUGUUGAUUAUCAAAGA